CGUUCGCAACAGCUUGUUAGCGGAUAACAUGCAUUUGCCUUGAUUGCUAAAGUUCCACCCUAGUUGCCAGAUCUGUGUUGUUAAAGUAAAAUUUAAAAACUCAUUCUUGAGAUCCAUUUUCAUCUGUUUUGUGUAGCAAAUCUUAUUGUGGCUGACUGGAAACACACUGUGUAUUUUUGUGUAUCUUUGAUUGCCAUCUGUAGGAUUUAAAGAGUUUGGUUUUCACAUGAAUAGACAGAGCUGGUGGAGCAUAUUAGAGCCUUUGAGUCCUACCCAAACUCUUGAGUCAGGCUCUGUAUCCACAGGAAAUUAAUAUUUGAGAGUUCAGCUCCCGGUUAGUGAAUUUAGUUAAGGUAGUCUAAUAUAAUAUUGCACAGUGGCAUAUGGGAAUGUUUUGUACCACAUUUCACAGUAUUUUGAAAGGCAUUUUGUGAUGUGCUUUUAUGUCGUGAAGCUUUGACUGAAGGGUUUUCUGCUGACUUUGAUGUGCUUUCGUAAGAAACAGUAAGGCUUCAGUCUGAUGCCUUUGCCGCUACUGGUAGAGUGACGCCUGAAUGGCAAUAAAAUGACAGGCUAGCUCAUUUCCUGGCAGUGUUACAGCUUGUAUUAAAAUUAGCAUAAAUAAGAGUUAUGGAAGGAAUUUAAUGGUCUACUCUUCCUGAAGCUACCUUGCACGUGUGCAAAUGGCUUUGUGGGAAGGCAAAACAGGACUGGAAAAGUGUGAAUGCACACCUUUGUACAAGUUUGAAAACAACAAAAAUGUAAAUACAAAAACAGAAAAAAGCAUAUCCCCGCCCACCCUCUGCGCACACACACACGCACGCACAAAUAAAUAGUUAAUUUCCUGCAUGUUUUACAUGGGCAGCAUGUUAGAACAAGAAACAGUUGUCAGGUUAAAGAGCAUUUAAAGGUGCAGGUUUGACAGUCUGCUGGGUGGAAACAUGUUGUCAAAUGUUGCCAGUGCGAAGCUUAAACUCUUUCUUUCCAACAUUACUUGAUCUUGCUAUAACACACUUAGUAAUUAGAGCCACAGUUUACAGAAGUACAUGGUCUGAGCUCUCGCUUGGCCGAUUUUUUACUCACUGACAAGUCAUAGCAGGAAGCUGAAAGAAAAUAAUAUCCACAACAAUUUGGUGGAACAGAUUUGCCAUGUGUGACACAAUAUUCUGUCAUUAAUCCUCUCCAAACGUGCUGAAAAGCCCUUUUAACUGGCAGGCAUAGAGUCAAAGAAUUCAGGCAGUAGUAGAUUUCCCACCCUUAUACGGUCCAUGUGACUCCCUGUUCCACCAGAGCUGGGCAGAGGAGAUGCAGUAUUUGUAGCUCGCACUGUGCAGUGCUGCUCAUUGCACUGCCUCUGUAUUCCAAUGAGAAAGCACACUAGCUCUAGAUCUCGGUCAAGGUCAAGAUCAAGAUCAAGAUCUUAUUCUCCAUCCUAUAACCGGGAGAAGAAAUAUCCGCGAGGUUACCAGAACAACCGGGACUUCCGGGGCUAUCACCGCGGCUUCCGUAGGCCAUAUAACUUCAGGGGUCGAGGACGGGGCUACUUCCCACGUGGACGCUACCAACGAGGUGGACGUGGCUACAAUAACAACAACUAUCAUCAGAACUGGAAGAAUUUCAGGCAGCAUCCUCAAAAACAGCAACAAAAUCAUCAGAAACAACAACAGCAACAACAUUGGCAACAGAAACAACAUCAAAACCAUUCACAAGGACGCUCUCAGAAACACUGUGGGACCUCCCCUCAUGGUCAAUCUCACCAGUCCGACAAAUCCUGUUCUCCUUUAUCCAGACACUCGCAGCAUUCUUCUGCCUCAUCACACUCCUCCUCUCCUAAAUGCAGGCCGGCCUCCCUGCUCGCUAACCAAACCUCAAAAGAUGUGAAAGAUGAGCAGCUGGCUUCCAAGGACGUUCAAAAGGGAGGAGAGGGAGAGGAUGAGUCAGGGGAGCGUGUUGAGUUAUUGGCAGGAGAUGAUAUAGAAGGUGCUGGCGGUGGGAAAACUGAGGGGAACUGGAAAGGCCUGACAAACUACAGCAGCAGUCCAAAGAAAAACAGUCCGCUGGCAGGCUCUGCUGCUACUGUUGGUCAGAGCAGCCAAACGGCUAACCAGUCUAGCCCCACUAAAAACACAGGCAUCACACCCAAUGGCACCCCCACCUGGCAGAUGGUGUGUGGUUCAUCCUCGGCUAAAAAACCUUCAAAUGAAGGUCUAAAUCAAAUCCUUUCCAGCUUUGACAUCUCCAAAGAAGACUACCUGGAUAGAGAUAAAACAGCAAUCUCCAUUGCAUUCAGGAAGUUUUGGGAGGAAGCUAAAGCUAAAGCUAAAUCUGCUUCAGAAAAUGCCAGGAACGCAGAAGCAAACUGUAUGGAAAUGGAACAAGAGAAAGUAAAUGGCAAAGCUUCUGUAGUUGUCUCUGAUUCUGUAUCAAGAAAAUACAAAGAGGAUAAUGAUGCUGGAGUGUCUCUGAACAGCUUUUUCAAAGCCUCACCAUUUCUGUCUGCUGAUGGGGAAGAAGAGGAUGAGAUGAUCAUUAAGCCUCAAUUUAAAUCACUUCCAAAAAAUUGGAAUAAUGGAGAAGUGUCCUAUAAGCCAAAGACCAAGGUCGCUCCAUCAGCCCGAGAACAGUUUGAAGAGUGCUUUGCGAAAUGGCAGAAGUUAGCUAAUAGUGACAAAGAUGCCACAGCAGAGGAGCUUUAUCUCAGUGGAAAGCAGGAUAAAACAGCAGCCACUGCCGCUGCCAAAAGGGAGUUAACGGGAAAAUUCAAAGAACUGUCCCCAGACUUGAUUUGUAAAGCCAGGAAGACGGCAGAAUCUCUAUCUAUCCCAUCUCCUACACCACCAUUGCGGAGGAACUCUGACAGAGACACGUUUGAGGUCAGAGUAGAGGACCCGCCUGUCAUGUCCUCAAGAAAACAGGAAGCAAAAUUUAAUGUUAGAAUGGAUUUCCUUGGAGAUAGCCUGAUAAGUUCGUCAGAUAUUUUAGCUGAAGAGCGACAGUUGUCUCAGGACCUUGUGCAGUCCUCUAAAAAGGAUCAGGAAUUUCGCUCCAUCUUCCAGCAUGUAAAGGCUGCACAGUUACAACGAAGUCCCUCUGAGCUGUUUGCUCAGCACAUUGUCACCAUUGUUCACCACAUCAAAGCUCAGCACUUUCCAUCUUCUGGCAUGACUCUAAAUGAGCGAUUCACCUUGUACCAAAGACAAGCUGCAGAGAAGGAAAUGAUGAAGCCAAGAAAAAGUCCAGAGAUACACAGGCGAAUCGAUGUUUCACCAAGUGCUUUUAAGAAACACCCUCAACUUUUUGAGGCGAUGAAAAGCUCAGAGGAUGGCACUUACAAGGAUGGAGGGGAAAAAAUCAAGGGUGACCCAAUGGACCUUCGCUUGGAUAUUGAACGCCGUAAAAAAUAUUCGACCCAUGAAAGAUAUUAUAACGAGGAUCAGGGAAGAGAUGCGGGAGAUUCCCCAGAUUCUAGCAGAGAGAGAUCUGUGGAAAACUUCCAUAAAUACCACAAGAAAUCAAAGAAAAGCAAGAAGAAGAAGAAACGUUCUCGCUCCACUUCAUCCUCAUCUUCCUCAUCCUCCAAAUCUAACAAAGAUGAAGGUUUACCCCAAGAGAAACCUGAUUCAAAAAAUGGAGACUUUAAUAAAAACCGACUGGGCCAAAGGGAAUCAUCAGGUUCAGCUGAAAGUGGACAUCCACAUGGAGGAUUUCAAGUAAGAAUACGUGGAAGGAACUGGAGCAAAGGGAACUAUCAGGGUAACAUUUCACAGAGUAAUCCUGUAAGCAUGGUUGUACACCAAAAAAGUGAAGACUGGAACCCAGAAUAUACUCCCAAGAGCAAAAAAUAUUACUUGCACGAUGACAGAGAUGAAGAGUCAGAAUCCAAGUGGACAGACAAUCGAGGUCGAGGGAGGGGAAGUUUAACUCGCGGAAGAGCGAGGUUCCUUAUCCGCAAAGCCACUGGAGGCCCCAAUAUCAUCUAUCCAAAAUGGGGCCUCGAUAAAUUCCAGGUCAAUGACGAGCAAGGUGGCAUGCAGAGAGAAGAGACAGAACAGGACCAUAAAAGGGCAGAAGUUGAUGGAGAGAACAUCUGAGCAGCAAAGGAAUCUGCAGAAAAUCUUAUCUUUUGUGUUCUCACAAGAUCUGACUGAGUGAUUUUAUCCAAUGGAUCAAUAAAUGCAGAUUAAAUGUUUUAAGAUAUUCCCAUGAAACAUAUUACUUUAAUUUCACUUCUUCAGACUUGACACAACCAUUUCCUACAUCAAGACUAGUAAAAGCGCUGUUUAAGAGUGAAAUGCAGUUUCUUGUCAAGUUUAAAGUUUUAUGCUUUUGCUUUAUUUUGGUAAAUUAAAAUCUCUUUCACGCAGCAUUAUAUUAAUAUUUACACUUUUUUGGUUAGGAUGGUUAGAAAAUAACUUGCAAUUUUGAAUUAACACAAAAAAGAACUGCAGAUUUUUGAUCAAAUCAGCUAGGCAACAAGAUAAAUUAUUGUACUGCAAAUAUAUUAAAAUCUAAUUUAAUUUGCAAACAGUGACUAUAUGUUAUGUUUUUCUGAGCUAUGUCUCAGCAAUAAGUAUGUUGUUGGUGAUGACAUAAAACACCACAGUCCAGCCAAUUUGGCAGAAAUAACACUGAUCUGACAAUGGGACCAAACUGCACAGGGUCAUAGAUUGUGCCCUGCAGUCUGUCAUUAUAAAGCAUACAACCAUUUUACAGCACUAGCUAAAAGCCUUUUAACAAGCUUGUGAAACAUUUUACUAUCCGAAUAGUAGCUUUAGCUUGUUUUUGGAUACCACUUUAGUGUAUAAUAUUGAUAUUGAUUUUCUUUCUGCAAAGACUUUAAUUUUGGUAUUUGUACUUGGCCACGCAGGAUUCUGAUUGUAACAGAGAAUUUGUUUUCACUGCUAUAGAUUGUAUUGUCAUUUUUAUGUUUGCAAGCUUUUAUUUAACCAAACAGGUUUUAGCAGUGAUGCUAACUGUGUGCAACUGUUAACGCAAUGAGAGAAGUAGUUAAAAAUUUUAGUAUAGAGUCUAUCCAAGUUUGUAAAACAGAACAGGAAUGUUUAUUCUGUGCAUAUCAAUGUUAUUUGUUUCUAGGCUCAUUUAUGCAAGUACAAGUAUACCUUGCUGUGGGUGCACUGGUCUUACUUGCGUAUGUUAUAGGCCUACAGAUUAAAAUUUUAAGGUUGACUUCUUAGGGAAUAUUGCAUAUUUUAAAUAGUUGUGGUCACUGUUUUUGUUUUCUUAGAGACUGUAAAUUAAAGAAACACUGAUUACUUUGA